AUGACGAGGGGCCAGCGACAAGUCCGUGAAGGAGAAGCGCAAGAUCAUCAACGGAGAAGACCUGAUCUGGUCCAUGGGCGCUUCUCCCAGUGGCGGCACGAGGAGCUCAGCCGCAUCAUGGACGCCACCAUGGAGCUCAACCUUGUCUCGAGGACCAACGACGGUUGGAGUGACUUAAUCGAGCACUACGAGGGCAUAAAUCAUGGUGAAUAUCUGAAACUGUUGGCGGAUAUCGCAACAUUGAGGCAUGAGCGUGACCACCUGGAGGCCAACGUGAGGAGGCAGACAGGAGAAGACCUGCCGUCCGGCGCAACCGCGGCAGAGCUCCGCGAUCUGGAGCGCAAGCUAGAGUGCGCGCUAGGUAAAGUCCGUGAAAUGAAGGUGCACAUCCUGGAGGAGCAGAACAACUUCCUUGGCCACAUGGUAUGGUAGGAGUGAUUUGCAUCGCUGCGUCCCUGCGUGCCAUAGAGUAAUUAAUAUCUCUCUAUGUGUAUUGUGAUUCGCAUGUCCAAAUUAAUUACCAUUGUGGUCAAGACUUAAGACAGCUAGAGUACCAUAGAG